GGUAAAGCAAGCUUGAGAAUGCCGCUUAGCUCAGCUUAAACUCGGGGUUGCAAAAAAGGGAAUAAAAAAAUGAUUUCAGUUCUCAUGGAGCGUAUAAAUAUUCUUAGUUUAUUUACUUGCUUAUCCACUACAGUAUAAGAAAAAAAAAAUGAAGGCUAUUGUUGUUGAUAAAUGGUUAAAGGGACCCGAGGAGCUCACUGUUUCUGCUAUCCCACCCCCAGCAGAGCCUAAAAAGGGAGAAUUACAAAUCCAAGUCAAGGCAGUUGGUCUCAACUUUUUCGAUACCUUGAUGAUUCAAGGUAAAUACCAAAUUAGACCCCCCUUUCCUUUUAUUCCAGGAGGAGAAUUCAGUGGAAUCGUGUUGAAAUCUACCGUCAGCCAAUUUAAGGCGGGAGACAGAGUGUUUGGUUCAGGCUACUCGUUUGCAGAGAUUGUGAAUGUGAAUGCCAGCAUGGUAUUGAGCAUGCCCAAGAACUUUAGUUUUGAGCAGGCCGCUGGUCUUUUUAUCACUUAUCCUACCAGUUAUGCCGCGCUUGUUUUACGCGCCAAUUUAAAGGCCGGUGAAUACUGUCUUGUUCAUGCUGCUGCAGGUGGCGUAGGCAUCGCUGCUGUUCAAAUUGCCAAAGCCAUGGGCGCCAUUGUCAUCGCCACGGCUGGGUCAGCCGAGAAACUGGAGAUUACUAAAAAGUUCGGUGCGGACUAUGUGGUGAAUUACCGCGACAAGGAUUGGACCGAGCAGGUCAAGAAGAUCACUAAGGGUCAUGGCGCAGAUGUUGUUUAUGAUCCCGUCGGUAUGGUGGAACAAAGUACGAAAUGUACCGCUUGGAACGGUCGUAUCUUGAUCAUUGGUUUUGCACAAGGCACCAUUGAAAAGAUUCCCGCCAACCGAUUAUUAUUGAAGAAUAUUUCUGCUGUUGGCUUGCAUUGGGGCGCCUAUGUCAAGAACGAGCCUGAACGUAUUCCCGAAGUGUGGAACGCAUUAUUUAGCUUGUUUGAAUCAGGCCAAUUAAAACCUGCGCUUUAUGAAAAAGUGUAUACAUUGGCCACAAUUCCCGAAGGUUUAAAGGCCAUUAAUGAACGAGUCUCUUAUGCGAAAGUAGUAGCCAAGAUUGGCCAUGGUGAUAGUCGACUUUGAAUAAUAAAAAUAAAAUAAAAAUUACUCAGUUU